GAUUUGCGUGGAAUCUCGUCUGCGUUUAGGUGUCUCAGGUGUGUCUGCUGCAACGUAAAUACGGGCUGCACGGGCCGCGGGAGUCUAUGGGAAGACGCCGGAGGAGCCCAAAGCCGGGAAAUGGGAAGAGAACCUCAAGAUGUGAGAUGAAUGUGUUUACGUUUUCAGGACCCAGUGGCCUUUGAGGAUGUGGCUGUGAACUUUACCUUGGAGGAGUGGGCUCUGCUGGGGCCUUCACAGAAGAAACUCUACAGAGAUGUGAUGCGGGAAACCUUGAGGAACCUGGCCUCAAUAGGGGAAAAAUGGGAAGACCAUAACACUGAAGAUCAGUACAAAAACCAGGGAAGAAAUCUGAGAAGCCAUACAUUACGGAGAUGCUGUGAAAGUGAAGAAGGUAGUCAGUGUGGCGAAAAUAUCAGCCUUAUUCCAAAUCUUAAUCUGAACAAGAAUUCUACUGCAGUAAAACCAUGGGAGUGCAGUGUGUGUGGAAAAGUCCUCAUGAGUCGUUCAUCCUUUAAUAGGCACGUUAGAUCUCACACUGCACCCAAACCAUCCAGGUAUCAGGAAUGUGGAAAGAAGCCUUAUAAAUGUAAGGAAUGUGGGAAAUCAUUUAGAUAUCGCCAAUCUGUUCGAAAACAUGAACGGACUCACACUGGAGAAAAACCCUAUCAAUGUAAACAAUGUGGGAAAGCCUUUCGAUAUCAUCAAACCUUUCAAACACAUGAAAGAACUCACACAGGGGAGAAACCGUAUGAAUGUAAGCAAUGUGGUAAAGCCCUCAGUUGUCCAAGUUCCUUUCGAAGUCAUGAAAGGACUCAUACUGGAGAAAAACCCUAUGAAUGUAAAAAGUGUAGUAAAGCCUUCAGUUGUCCCAGUUCUCUUCGAAAACAUGAGAGAACUCAUACAGGAGAGAAACCUUAUGACUGUAAGGAAUGUGGGAAAGCCUUCAUUUCUCUUGGAAGCUUUCAAAGACACAUGAUAACACAUACUGGAGUUGGACCUUAUAAAUGUAAAGAAUGUGGAAAAGCAUUCAAUUGUCCCAGUUCAUAUAGAAUACAUGAAAGAUCUCACACUGGAGAAAAACCCUAUGAAUGUAAACAGUGUGGUAGAGCCUUCAGUUGUUCCAGUUCCUUUCGAACACAUGAAAGAACUCACACUGGAGAGAAACCUUAUCAAUGUAAGGAAUGUGGAAAAGCCUUCCAUUGGCUCACCACUUUUCAAGUCCAUGUGAGAACUCACACUGGUGAAAAACCCUAUAUAUGUAAGCAGUGUGGUAAAGCCCUCAGUUGUCCCACUUCAUUUCGAAGACAUGAACGGACUCACACUGCAGAGAAACCCUACGAAUGUAAGCAAUGUGGGAAAACCUUCAGUUCUCCUUUAGGUUUGCAAAUACAUGAAAGAACUCACACUGGAGAGAAACCCUAUAAAUGUGAGAAAUGUGGGAAAGCAUUUGUUUCUCUCACAAGCUUUCGAAGACACAUGAUGACGCACACUGGAGAUGGACCUUAUAAAUGUAAGGAAUGUGGGAAAGCAUUUAAUUGUCCUAGUUCAUUUCGAAUACAUGAAAGAACUCACACAGGAGAGAAACCCUAUGAAUGUAAAAUAUGUGGUAAAGCCUUCAGUUGUUCCAGUUAUGUUCAAGUACAUGAAAGAACUCAUACUGGAGAGAAGCCCUAUGAAUGCAAGGAAUGUGGGAAAGCCUUCAUUUACCGCACAACCUUUCGAGGUCACAUGAGAAUGCACACUGGUGAGAAACCGUAUAAGUGUAAAGACUGUGGGAAAGCCUUUAGUCGACCCAGUUCAUACAGAAGCCAUGAAAGAAUUCACACUGGAGAGAAACUUCUUGAAUGUAAGCAUUGUGGGAAAGCCUUUAAUUGGCCCACAUCCUUACAUAAACAUGUCAUGAGAAUGCACACUGGAUAUAAGUGAUAAAUACAAGAGUUUCCUAUCUUAACAAAUACUGGGCUGGCCAAAAAGUUCAUUCGGGAUUUUCCGUAACAUCUUACGGAAGAAUGAACUUUCUGGCCAACCCAAUACAUUCAAAGUCAUAUGAAAACUCUACUGGAGAGAAAUGCUAUAACAUGUAAAUAAUAUGGGAAAGCCUGAUGUAGAUUAAUUCAUAUAUAAUGCUCCAAAAAAUUCAUAACAUGAAACGUUUUAAAAGUUAAAAAUGUAUCUUUAUCAGUGGCUUAUUCUGAAACUCAGUCUCUAAUUAUGGAUUCUACUUGUUAAUUUUGCAAAUGAACACAACACUGAGUUGAAACAAUUCUGUAAGUACUCUUUAAGCAAUAGUAUAUAAGCUUAGUAGGUAGUAUUUUUCCUUAAAUUAGCUUAUAGAAUUUUUGUCUUUCCAUUUUGAAAUCUGUUGGAUCCAUGAGUGACCUGGAAUAUAAUUGUAAUGUGCCAAUAUUAUAUAAUGUGCCAAAAAUAUAUAAUUUUUGUUGUUCUGUAAGUAAAGGGGGCAUGGACUAAUGACACUCUGGUAGUUGUUGGGAUUUUCCUAUUGGCUUCAUGUGGCAGGUACUGGAUAUUUCUUACCCAUUGUAAAUAUGCCUCUUUUAUUAGAAAAACUUUUCUCUUGUCAGAAGAGCCUUCUUCCAUUUUUUCCUUGCUAAUAAAUAGUUGGCAUAAAUUUGUAAUUAUGUGAAGUUUAACACAGAGUAUAAUCUCAUUUGACUUAGUAUUUACAUCUUUUCUCUUUGUCAUUUUCUCUUUACUCUUUGUCAUUCCAUCUGACUGUGAUUUGGGGAAGAGACUUUAAGACACCCAUGUUGACAUCAACUGCAUACUUAAACAAAGCAACCUUACAUUGUUUACAAGUGCAAUUAUUUUAAAUUCGUAGCUACAAUAUCUUUGCACUGAAGCAACAUUUUUCCCCCACCAAUGCAUUAAAAAUUCUCCUACAUGAUUCUGAUAUCACCAGUUAGUGUCUCUUUACCCAUAAUUCAAUUAGAAUAAUUAUAUCACUGAAGUCAACUAGUGGUAUUACCAUCCCUUCAUUCAUAUUGAGCACCUACUAUGUGCCUGUGCUGUAAAUACAACAGUGAUCAUAACUGAUGUGGUUACUGCUCUCACAUUGCAAGUCUGUGAGAUUAAAUAUAAACAUCACAUUUCUAGCUACUUUUUAUUUAAAGUGUUACUAACAUUUAAGUUCUGAUUCAUUUUUGUAAUAACCUUGUAUGUUAAUGGACCAGUAAGUCUUUAUAUUUGCAAAAAGAAAAGAGACCUACCUGUUACAGGACACUAAAAUGUAGAAUUGGAGAUGCUCUCCUGGAAUGUGUUGUUAACAUGGGUAAUAUGUUGUGACCUACAUUUUCUAGAACCUGUUCUCUUCAUGGUUCCAUGUUAGAAUUCACCACUAGCCUCCCUUGCAUGACACUUGGAAGGCAAAGUGAAGAAGGCCUUAGUUCUUGAGCCACACAGGAGUUUCACAUAUACCUGGUUCUAAACCAUCUUCCUGAUUCUUUGCCCUGCCAGUCCAAAGUAGGCUCAUUACCACCAGCUACAUGACUUCCAUUUUCUCAGACCUGUUGGUUUCCACAGAUACCUCCACAAGUUCCACAGCAAAGAUCCCUCACAGUUUGGAUUUUCCUGCAAGUCCUCAUGUGUCCACCAGGCAACAAAUUUAGACUGCUGUGAUUGAGAACGUUUUGUGAAGCACUGACUCACCUCUUCUCUAUAUUGUAUUUGUAUAAGGUCUAAUUUGUGUAGUAAACACAUUGUUCUGUUGA